AUGUCAUUGUUUAAAAUUUGUGAUAUUUGGUCAUCACAGCUGCAUACAACUAAUUUUGAGGAUGGAUUUUGUUUGAAGUUAAGACCUCUUCACAAUUUGCAUAAAUCUCAAUAUUUCAUCUUAUUUGGAACUUCCUUUGGCAUUUUGUCCAUUUUCUUACCACGAGCUGUUGAGAAUUCAGUUGGUGAAAAAUCAAAUGAUAACUUACACAAUUUUAAUGAUUUAUGUCUCGAGUACAAUACUGAGCAUCCUAUUUUAUGCAUAGAUUGUGGUAAUCUUGUCUCAGAAAUGUUUCAAUAUCAACAAAUAGUAGUCUUGCAUUCACGAAUGAUAUCUGUUUAUGAUUUCGCAAAAUCUAAUGAUUCGUUUGAAGAAUGUAGUGAUUCUUUUCCACUAGAAUCUUGGAAGUUAACUCCAUUAUUUAAACUUACUGUUGAAAAGGAUUCAUAUACAUUACUUCUUGGCAAAUUUUUUGAACAAAUUCAAACAGAUGUUAUCUGUGUUCAAACGGUUGACGCAUCUCUCUACUUUUUCAAUGAAAAUGGAGAAUUAUUUCAAAUAACUUUACCAAAUAUUCUUAUACCUGGUCCUAUAAUAUUUGUAAAAUCAAUCAAUUCAUUAUUAACAGCUGCUUCAAUAAAAUUAUAUUGUUUUAGCUUUACAUCUAAUACUAAACACUCACAAAUAUUGCAUGCUAAUCAUAAAAAUAUUUCAUUAGAUUGGUCGAUUAUUUUGGAAGAACCGAUAUUUAGUAUGGAGAAAAUUGAUUCUGAAGUUAAAACUAAUAAACACUAUCCCUUAUCCUAUAUAAUUGCAUUGGGGAGAAAACGAAUUUUUCUUAUCUCAGAUACUGGUUCAAUACUGUUUACUCGACGGAUCGACAUUCCAUCCAGACAAUUGUGUGUAUAUGGUUAUUCAGAAGUAAAUAUUGAUUCAAUAAGAAACUCAUCGUUCUCCAAUAUGCAAAGUCAAGUUUCUUGGGUGCCAAGGUUUCUGGUAACAACGGAGAAAAAUCAGUUACUUGUAUUUAAAGGUACACAACUUUUAUGGUCUGCAUUGUUAUCGUUUGGUGCAAUUUACAUAUCCAUGCCUAUGUUCACAAUGGAAUCAAAUAAUUAUCAGGGUCAAACACUUCCAGUUAUUGGAUUAAAUUUUUCAUCUGGUCUAAUUGUUGUACUUAAUAAAAAUGGGCGAAUCACUCUGUCAUAUCUUGGCACUGAUCCAUCUAAUUCCGUCGUCCCAAAUAUCAUGAAAUUAAAUCAGAAUGGUCACAAUUAUUCAAAUAAAGUCGAUUCUGUUCAAUCACAAUUGAACAAUGAAAGUUUCAAUGAAGAAAUCCUUCAAGUAAAUAAACGUGUUGAUCAACUAUUAAAAGAUCGUUCAUCUUCAUCACUCUCUAACAAUGAUCAUAAAAAGACUAAUUUCGCAAAAGUUUCUCUUCCGAAGUUGAAAACAGCUGUUCGUUUGAAUUCAAAUCGACUGAAUGCAGAUGUGAAUGAAUUAUGCUUUAUUGAUGUCGAUAUUGAAUUUCCAAAAGUGUAUUCUAAGAAACAAUUUAAUUCUGUUUAUCUAUUAAUUCAUUCUUGUCCACCAAUUAUCAUAAAACCUAAUUAUAUAGAAAUUUUUUCUAAUGAUUUGAAUAAUUAUAAUUUUAUUUCAAUCAAUCAUAAUAAUUCAUAUAAGUAUUCAUAUACAUUAACGUGUAAUAUUGUGAAUCAAUGCACAGAUGAAGAAAAUGAAACAUCAUCAUUGAUAAUUGAUCAACCGCCAUUAGAUAUAACUGUAGUUUUAAUGUUGUAUUACACUUUCACCCCUUUAAACAAUGCCAGUAAUAAUACCAAUGAAGAAAUCAAUCCGUCAACUACUGAUUAUUCAAUGUCGUUUAUGUCUCAUUCAGUUACGAAUUGUAUUACACAUUGUAUCAAGCUUCCAUUAAUCUUGUUUACUUCUAGUACCAUUGUACAUAAAGAUCAAAUCACUGGGAAAUUUUCUUUAGUUUUUCAACUAAUAACAAAUUUGAAUAAUCAUUUAAAAAAUGUACAUUUAUUUGAUUUAUUCCCAAAUUUUUUGACUAAAAAUAAUACUACUGAUUAUAAUAAUAAUACUAAUCAUAAUAUACCAAAUAACUCUACAAUAUGUAUAUCAUUUUGUAGAUUGAAACAUAUCAAAAAUACUAAUCAACAGUGUAUUUAUAUUACAGUUAGAUGCAAAAAAACACUCAAAUUUAAACUACAAACUGAUCAUCCUGAAACAUUUUGGCCAGUUUUACAAGAAUUCAUAUUUUAUAAUAAUCUUGUUGCAAAACAAAAAGCAGACUGUCAUACAAAUGAUUUCUGCAUUGUAUUAUAUACGAAAAAAACUAGAAAAUUUAUCAAUGCCAAUAAUUCUUUACCUCCAAAAUCAUCAUCAUUAUCAUUGGAAUUUGAUAAUUACACUUGUCAACUUAAAAUAUUCUUCGAUAAAUUACAUGAAUUGUUAGAGAAUCAUGUAAACAAACGUUUAGAACUAGUCAACCAAAUUCAUAAGCUUACUAUACAAACUAGGCAUUAUCGUGCUGUUCAACAAGAAGUGAUUGAAAAAAUUAAAAUUAUUCAACCGAAUUGUUUAAAUGGAUUUGAUGAAUUAUUAAAAAAAGAUAUCAUUAAUUUAAUGCGUACUUGUGAUUUACUUGACUUAUUAACAAUAGAAUAUUUUCAAUCUGGUUAUUCUGUAAUAUCGUUAAUUAUUCUAUUAAGUUUUAUUUGUUUAUUUUGCAUACAAUCAUCUUCUUCGUCAUUGUUACCGGUAUCAUUUGAGUUUUUUAAACUUGCAAAUGAAUUCGCUCUAUUCAAACCGGCACAUUUAUUAACCAUGCUACAUUCAACAGUGUUAUUAGAAAAUAUUCAUAGUACAGAGUUAUCUGAAUCCAUUUUAUCCGGUGAAUUUGAUAGACAGAAUUUUCAUCAUGUCGAUUUUGAACAACAUUUACAGGCUGAAAUAAAUUAUUUUUUAGAAAUCAUUCAAUCCAAUCAUAUUGAUUCAAAUGAACCGUAUAAUAAUUCAUUAAUUAAUAAUUGUCAAGAUUUUUUAAAAAGUUAUAAUCGUUUAUCAACGGCUAAGUAUAUUUAUGAACAGUUUUACAAACUGUGUAAAAAAUUUAUGUCCUGUGAUCAUAAAGAAAUUAAACGUUUAAUUAAUUUCAUCAAUCGAUAA